ACACACACACACUGAGAGAGAGAGAGAGAGUUUGCCCCACAUCUGUGUUGCUAUAACUACCCCCUCUGUGUCGACAGGCAGUGAUGAAGCCGUCUGCAGCUCGACACACCGCGGAUCAUCCACUACUGAUGCCCUCCACACAGUUCUUUUUUCUUCCAAGCAUUUGUCCCCACUGAAGGAGAAGAUGAUGUCCAGUCUGCCGUCGGGAGAAAUCCGAAGAAAAACUGCAAACGGAGUCUAGAAAAAAAACAAAACCCUCCAUCCUCUCCUUUUUCUGGAUCUCAAACUUCACAAGAAACCAUUUACAGAUCCUCCUGGUGCGUCUGUGUGUGAGUUGGGACCUGGUGUUGUGUCAGGGGGCUAUGGUGAGGCGAUGUGCACAGGCUGGUAUGAGGAGAGAUGUACCAGCGUCAGUGGAGGAAGACGACGGAGAGGUAAAGGAGUGGAUCUUCAUUCAUGGCUGCGCGUCUCGCUCUUGUUCUCGGCUCUGUGGGGCCACGCGUCCCCCCAGUGCCCGGACAGCUGCCACUGUGCCUGGGACACGGCCACGGUGCUGUGCUCAGACGCCGGGCUGCGGGAGAUCCCGGAGGGGAUCCCACCGGAAACCGUCUCCCUCCACCUGGAACGCAACAACAUCCGCAACAUCCCCGAGAGCGCCUUCAGCGACCUGGUCCACCUGCGGGACCUGUACCUGUCCAACAACCGCAUUGACUCGCUCGCCUCGGGGGCCCUGCGGCAUCUGGGGCCCGAGCUGCGCCUGCUGGACCUCUCGCACAACCAGCUGAGGCAGGCCAGCAGGGACGAGUUCGGCUCCACGCGAGCAAAGACGCGCCUCUACCACAACCCGUGGCACUGCGACUGCGCCCUGCAGGAGCUGAUGGAGACUCUGAACCUGGAGCCCGAGACGGUGAACGGGAUCGUGUGUGAGAGCUCUGUGCGCGGGGUGGGCGAGGGGAGCAGGUGGGAGGAUCCGGGGUCACAGGGCGAGCACGCGGGUCAACCGCUGGUCAAACUGCUGGAUUCUGGGGUGAACUUCUGCAGCAUGCAGAGGAAGACCACUGACGUAGCCAUGCUGGUGACAAUGUUCGUGUGGUUCUUCAUGGUCAUUGUGUACGUGGUGUACUACGUGAGGCAGAACCAGGCCGAGGCCCGCAGGCAUUUGGAGUACCUGAAGAGUUUGCCCAGCCCAGGCAAGACCCCCACAGAGACAGACACUCUGAGCACUGGUUUCUGAGCUCCUAUACUAAAUGGAAUAAUAAGCAGAUCUUUAU